AUGCUGUCGGGCAUCGGGCCGCGCGAGCUGCUCGAGUCGCUGCACAUCCCGGUGGUGAGCGACUUGCUGGUGGGCUACAACCUGCAGGACCACGUGGCCUUCCCCGUGCACUUGGUGCUCAAGCACAACGAGAGCGUGGCGCCCACCGCGCUGGACAUCCUGACGGACGCCAGGACGUACACGUCCUUCUUGGUGGACCGCGCCGGCCCGCUCACCACGCCCGCCGGCCUGGAAACGCUCUUCUUCUCCGAGCUGCCCGACACGCCCUUCUACUCGCCCGACUGGCCGCCCCGCGCCUUGCGGCCGCUGCUGCGCCGCGCCGCGUGGACGGCGACGGUGCUGCCGCUGCGGCCGCGCAGCCGGGGCCGCGUGUGGCUGCGCAGCGCCGACCCGCGGGCGCCGCCCUGCGUCGACCCGCGCGGCCUCGCGCACCCGCGCGACCGCCACGAGAUGCUCGCGGCCGUCAAGGAGCUGCUGACCUUGCUGGAGACGGGCACCAUGUGGGAGCUGGGCGCCACCCUGUACCGGCGGCGCUACCCGGGCUGCGAGCGCUACCCGUUCGCCUCGGACGACUACUGGCUGUGCUCGAUGCGCGGCUACGCGUCCGCCGCCGCCCACCCGGUGGGCACGGCCAAGAUGGGGCCUGCGGACGACCCCUCGGCCGUCGUCUCCUCCGGCGAUCUGCGCGUGCGCGGCGUGGCCGGCCUGCGCGUCGCCGACGCCUCCGUCAUCCCCGCGCUCGUCUCGGGCCACACGCUCAUGGCCACCUACGCGGUGGCCGAGAAGGCGGCCGACCUCGUCAAGGCCCACUACGACGAGCUCGCCUACAUACGCGACGAGGACACGUGCGACGACGUCAAGCCGACACUUGCAGCGGAGAAGCCGUCUCACCACCACUCCGAGAAGCCAUCCCAUAGUCACCACCAUAAAAAGAAAAAGCCAAUUCACGGCUAUCAUCAGGAAACCACUGAGCCCAACCACGUCAAUCAUGAGACAGAAAAACCACCCCUUAGUCACCCCCCUGUAACGAAAAAACCUUCACAUUUUGACCACCAUGUAACGAAAAAGCCUUUACAUAUUUACGUGACGGAGGAGCCCUCAUAUGUUGACCACGAUGAUAUCGUUGAGCCUUCUCACGUUGAUCAACAUGUGAUGCAAAAGCCCCCUAGUUUUGACCAUCACGUAAAAAAACCCGCGUUUAAUCAUCAUUACGAGACAAAUAAGCCAUCUCACGUGCACACACAUGGAACGAAAAAGCCCUCUCACAUUCACCACCACGUGACAGUUAAGCCAUCCCACGAUAAUCACCACGUUUCGAGAAAGCCUUCACAUAAUACCCCCCAUGAGAGUGAACAGCCCUUGUAUGACAACUCUCACGAUACGGUGAAAGAAACUGUUCACCAUCACUUACCAGAGGUGUCCCCAGAAAUACCCCAACACGAGACAGAAAAGCCUUCCCAUGUACAUCACCACGAAAAACCCACGCACUUUCAACACCACACUACGAAGAAGCCAUCACAUGUUUCUCACCAUGUGACGGAUAAACCUUCCCACGUUCAUCACCCCGAGUCGGAGAAGCCCUUACACACACAUGACCACUCGGAAAAGCCUUCGCACGAACACCUUUCCGAGCCAGAACAGCUGUCGCCCGUUGAGCUUCAAGACAUUCAGGAGACAACCAACGUCCCGCACCAGGUGACGAAAAGGCCCUCGUCGGAGGACCCCCACGAACACAUUCAUCACCAUGAGACCGAUCAGUCGAAGCCCCCUCACCACACGAAGAAGCCUUCACCCCCUCAUCAAUAUGAAGUAACAGAGCCCUCUUACGACUAUCUCUACGAUGAAGUGAAACCCUCCCAUAGUGACGACCUCAAGCCGUCUCACCAUCAUAAGGUACCGAAGCCCACUACCAGUAAUCAUAAGAAGGUAGUUAAGCCUUCACAUAGUCACCAUCCAAAACCGUCACACGAUUCCCACCCCGACACAGUAAGCCAUUUGACAAGCGAGAUAAAACCAUCUUUCACAGAAACACCGGAUUAUCAAGCGGCAAUUAAACCUAUGAAAAACGAUUAUGUGAAAUUAGUUAGACCCACGAACUCUCAACCCGCACAGAACUAUUAUGAAGAUGUGGUAGUGCCCGCUUACAGUGACUACAUCGAUGAGGCAAGACCUUCCCCGAACGAAAACUUGGAACUUCCGCCAACUCACACUGACGAGUCCGCUCAUAGUCUUCAUCAGGAGGUAGUUAAGCCUUCCCAUGGUGAAUACUUCGAGAUAGUUGAAACGCGAGGCGACAACACCCAGAUUGAAGAAUCCUUGCCUGCUGAACUUGAAGAGGCCAAAGAUGUUUAUGCUGAAAACGAACAAUUAUAG